CGCGCAUAUCAUAUGGAACGUUCCCCACCGCCACUACGUAUCGGUCUACGCCUUCCCAUACUUCGGCAUACAAAAAGCACGCCACCCCCACACCGGCCUCAACCAACGACCCACGCUUCCCGCGGAGUCGAGACCCGUCGAUCGAUCGAUCGAGACGACGACGAGUCUCAGCGGACGCGCGCCCACACACAGACACACACAGAGCGCGCGGCGGUUGCCACCAUCAAGCAAGCAAGAACCAAGAAGGAGGCCAGGCCACCACCACGACGCUUGAUCGGCUCCCGUCUUCUUUCCCGGGCUUUUCUCCCCUUCGCGCGCCCGCGCCGCGGGCUCUGGCAGCUAGUCUCCCGCGGGGGUCCGACCUAUUCUUAGGCGCACCGCCGAACAAAACCGCGGCGCCCCGGGUUUCCCUCGCAGGGCUAUGGCCGCGGCCGCGACGUCGUCCACCACACCCGCGGCAACCUCCUCCUCCACCAUCACCACCACCUGCGGCUCGUCGUCGUCGUCCUCCUCCGCCACCAGCCCCGGCCCGCACCGCCGGCGCCUCAACGACAUCGACCGCGCAGACGACUGCUGCUGCGGAGGCGGCGACCCCUUCCUCGCCCUCGAGGACGGCGAGGGCGCCCACGGCCACGCCGUCCCCUUGCUGGCCGCCGGCGCGACCUGCGGCGGGAGGGCGUCGCUAUUGGCGCGGAGGCGGCGCGCGGCGGGGCACGCCUGGAUGAGGGCCGUCGUGCUGUGCCUGCUCGGCCUCGUCGCGGUCGUCGGGUUCCUGGGCUCCCAGUCCCAGAACGGCCGGGGAGGCGCCGGCGGAGGCGCGGCCGACGCCGACGGCGAGGAGGCCGGGAGGCUCGUGCAGAGGGUGGAGGUGGCCGACGCCGACGUGAUGGGGUGGACGGAGGAGAACUUGACCGCACUCACGCGCCGCCCGCCCGAUCCUCCGAUACCAGAGAUAUGGACAAAGCCAGACAGCGGGGGUUACAGCCAGUGCAUCGAACGCCCGAAGAAUCAGCGCCGGACUGACAAUGCGACUGUUGGCUAUCUGAUUGUCGACGCGAAUGGCGGCCUAAACCAGAUGAGAAUGGGGAUCAGUGAUAUGGUUGCAGUGGCAAAGAUCAUGAACGCGACACUGGUAAUCCCCACUCUGGAUCAUCAGUCGUUCUGGACUGAUCCAAGUGACUUCAAAGAUAUAUUCGACGUCGAUCACUUCAAGGAAACAUUGAAGGAGGACAUUGUAAUUGUAGAUUCCCUACCACCAGCUUAUAGGAAGGUGAAGCCAUAUGCGAGAGCACCGACCUCCUGGUCCAGGGCUUCCUUUUACAGAGAUUUCUCAAAGAUACUGAAGAAGUUCAAAGUAGUGAGGUUUACCCAUACGGAUUCACGAAUUGUCAACAACGGCCUUGCUCCUUCUCUCCAAAGGCUUCGAUGCCGUGCAAACUACAAAGCACUUCAGUACAGGAAAGAGAUAGAAGAGCUUGGUAACAACCUAGUUGAGAGACUGAAAAGGGGAUCGGACCAUUACAUCGCACUUCACUUAAGAUACGAGAAGGACAUGCUGGCUUUCACCGGCUGUAACCACAACCUGACACUUCAUGAGGCAGACGAGCUGACUGAUAUGCGACUCAAAGUGAGGCACUGGAAGGAGAAGGAGAUCAACAGCGAGGAGAAGCGGCUACAGGGAGGGUGUCCAAUGACACCUCGCGAAGCUGCAGUGUUCCUCAAAGCAAUGGGAUAUCCUUCCAGUACGAAAAUUUACAUUGUGGCAGGUGAAAUUUACGGGGCACACAGCAUGGAUGCACUGAAAGCUGAAUACCCGAAUAUUUACACACACUACAGUCUGGCUACGGUUGAUGAACUCGAGCCGCUCGAGUUGUACCAGAACAGGCUAGCUGCUGUCGAUUACAUCGUGGCCCUGCAGAGCGAUGUCUUUGUGUAUACGUAUGACGGAAAUAUGGCCAGGGCAGUUCAGGGUCACCGAAGAUUCGAAGGUUUCAGAAAAACUAUAAACCCCGACAGGCUGAAGUUUGUAGAGCUCAUUGAUAAACUCGACGAGGGUUCGAUGACCUGGGAUGAAUUCCAAAGUGAAGUGAGGAAGCAUCAUGAGGAUAGACUCGGAGGUCCAUACAACAGAUUACCUGGUGAGAGUCCAAGGCAGGAGGAAUACUUCUACUCAAAUCCUAUCCCCGGAUGCCUGUGCCAAAAGGUUCAGAGAGUAAAGUGAAACAGAUUUGUCUCAGAGGGAAAUGGUUCGGUCUUCAGACGCACUGCUGCUAGCUUGGCAGCAGGUGUAACAAAUAGAGAGCGGGGGUGGACAAAAUAGAGAGGAUCCUAGUUAACUGACAGAGACCAGCCAUUUUGAUUAUUUCCUAGGCUGACUACACAUGUAGUUGAGGGCAUAUGGGGCCAAGAAGUGCAUUCUUGAGCGGAAACUUUUUCCCAGGGAAGAUGGACCGAGCACAGAGAUGUUGAGAUACUUGAAGAUCAAAUGUAGGAACAGCUAAAGUGGAGAACUCUUUCACUGAUGCUGCUUGUAGUUAGGUCGAGGUCACACACACUCCUUAUGCUCGUGAUGUUUCUAAUUCGUUGUAGCAGUGGCCUUAACACUGGAUGGGUUCAUGAAAAUAAUGUAUCAUACUAUGUUUGCCGGCUGUAGAAAGAAGCUGCUACCACUACCAGUGUAGACUGACAGCUGACAAAAUACAUCUUAGUGUAGUUCAGAGUAAUAAAAUCUUUGUAAUAUAUAGGGAUGUGACAUGAAUGUAGCUGCUGGUAAUUCCAUAAAAGAAAUAAGAACAAUUGUUGGUUGCUCACAAA